AGCGAAUAACACUUCUCCACUCUUAUUCCUCUCCCACCACCCCCAUGGCCCACGUAAAUCAUUUCUUCUACUUUUUUACAGCACUCGCCUUGCUCGAAAGCUCCCUAUGCCAAGGUGGACGUCUUCUCCUCGACACGACGACUCCUGAGUCACCACCGAUUCCAACGCUGCCACCACAACCAACUUUACCGCCGAUUCCAACGCUGCCUGCACAGCCAUCUCUUCCGUCUAUCCCGCAACCUACAACGUUGCCGCCGCUGGCCCCCGUACCUGCUUUUCCUAAGCUUGCUUUGCCUCCAUUGCCCACCAUUCCCAGCAUUCAACCAAUAUCAUUCCCUCCAAUUCCAGCUGGAAUUCCUUUAAGUAUUCCAAAUGUUCCAUCAAUCCCAUCCAUUCCGUCUUCUGCACCACCACCUGCAAGUGAAAGCCCGUGAUAGCUGAAGCUUGAGUCAAUCAGUAUAUUUUUAUGAAUUUAUUCACUUACUUGGAUAAAAUUAUGGUGGCGUUGUUUUGGAAUCCAAUAAUGUGCCGGUAUUUUUAAAUUGUACGUGUAUUUUACUUUGAUCCCAUUGUGUUUGGAUAUUGGUGUUUCGUUCUACGUGUUGGAAAUAUGUUACCUAUUGUUUCUACGCAUUGUAUUUUGAAGAUUUCAAUUUUUAUAGAUUAAAAUAACGUUUGUUUGGUCACUAA